AUGGCUCUCCUCUUCGUGACAGGCAACGCCAACAAGAUCGCCGAAGUGCGCGCCAUCCUCGCCGGGGCCAUCGCCCUCGAGACACGCGCCCUCGACAUCCCCGAGAUCCAAGGCCCGAGCGAGGAAAUCGCUCUCGACAAAGCCCGUCGGGCGGCAGACAUAGUAAACGGACCUGUUCUCAUCGAAGAUUCCUCGCUGGAAAUGAACGCCUUGAACGGACUUCCAGGGCCGUACAUAAAACCAUUCCUCGAAACACUCGGCAAUCAAGGCUUGAAUACCCUCCUCGCCGGGUUCGACGAUAAAUCCGCCACGGCAGUCUGCACGUUUGCCUUUUCCGAGGGCAGAGGAUGCGAGCCUGUCCUUUUCCAGGGCCGAUUGGAGGGCCGUAUUGUUCCCCCGCGUGGUCCGCCACGAUUCGGGUGGGAACCGAUUUUUGAAUACCAGGGGGAAACACUGGCGGAAAUGGAAAUGAACAAAAAGAACGGCCUCUCGCAUCGAUACCGGGCUUUGGUCAAAUUUCAACAGUGGUUUCAAGGUUCUCAGCAGGUACGCGAUAUUGAAAAUUAG